CACUAUUCAAAGUAGUAGUCAAAUCUCUUUCACCUAAAGAGUUAGUUCGAAUCCAUGUCCCUAAACCUUUGGACAGGAAUGAUGGAACAUUUUUAGUGAGAUAUAGGAUGUAUGAAACUGUCAAUGAAGGGUUGAAGAUAGAGAUCCUGUAUGGUAAUGAACAUGUGGCUCAGUCUCCCUAUAUUUUAAAAGGACCAGUGUACCAUGAAUACUGUGAGUGUCCAGAACAGGAUCCUCAGGCUUGGCAGAGAACUCUUUCUUGUCCAACCCAGGAACCACAGAUUGAAGAAGAUUUUGCUUCCUUCCCCAGCAUCAAUCUCCAGCAGAUGCUAAAGGAAGUUCCCAAAAGAUUUGGGGAUGAGAGGGGCGCUGUGGUACAUUACACGAUUCUCAAUAAUCGUAUUUACCGGAGAUCUUUAGGGAAAUACACAGACUUCAAAAUGUUCUCUGAUGAAAUUUUGCUGUCACUGGCAAGAAAGGUCCUUCUCCCAGAUUUAGAAUUUUACAUUAAUCUUGGAGAUUGGCCCCUGGAGCAUCGAAAAGCCAGUGACAUCCCUGGCCCUAUACCUAUCAUUUCCUGGUGUGGCUCUCUGGAUUCAAGAGAUGUUAUCCUUCCAACCUAUGACAUCACCCACUCCACGCUUGAAGCAAUGAGGGGUGUUACCAAUGAUCUCCUCUCUAUUCAGGGAAAUACAGGGCCUUCCUGGAUCAAUAAAACAGAGAAAGCUUUCUUCAGAGGUAGAGAUAGUCGUGAGGAGAGGCUACAGUUGGUACAGCUAUCCAAAGAAAAUCCACAACUGCUAGAUGCAGGAAUUACAGGAUAUUUCUUUUUCCAGGAGAAGGAAAAGGAGCUUGGAAAAGCCAAGUUGAUGGGUUUCUUUGAUUUCUUUAAGUACAAGUAUCAAGUGAAUGUUGAUGGGACCGUGGCUGCGUAUAGAUAUCCAUAUCUCAUGCUGGGAGACAGCCUGGUUCUGAAGCAGGACUCACCAUAUUAUGAACAUUUCUAUGUGGCGCUUAGGCCAUGGAAACAUUAUGUUCCAAUCAAAAGAAAUCUUAGUGAUUUACUAGAGAAAAUUAAAUGGGCCAAGGAAAAUGAUGAAGAAGCCAAGAAGAUUGCAAAAGAAGGGCAGCUGACCGCUCGGGACCUGCUACAGCCACACAGGCUUUACUGCUACUAUUACAGCGUUCUACAGAAAUAUGCUGAGCGCCAGUCCAGCAAGCCUGAGAUCCAUGAUGGAAUGGAACUUGUUCCUCAGCCAGAUGAUAACACAUCCAUCUGUCGGUGCCACAGGAAAAGGCUUUCAAGGGAAGAGCUUUAAGGUGGCCCAGAUUCACCCUCCUGUGUAUGCCAGCUACAUCUUCAGGAAAGACUUUAGAUGCUAAGCUGUGAAGAAAAGUACAGAAGACAUUUCUCUUGGUUGCUUUAUGUAAUGUGGAUGGAUAUAGCAGUAUUUGAGCAAGUAUUACCAAAUAUCUUUGGAUGUUAAUUUGUUUUGGGUUAAAACUGCUGUUAUCAGCAUCACAGUUUUCUCCAAAAAGAACAUUUGCAGAUCAUAGCAGAUUGAGAGGCUUGCCAAAAUACAAAUCACCCUCUGUGAAUCUGCUGACACCAUGCCCAUGGCUUAUUUAUAUCUCUUGUUCACUUUCUGUCUUCUUCUUCCAUUUGUGAAGAGAAAAUAUUUGCGCAGGGUUUUGUUUUUUGUUUCCUCCUCACUGCAUAAUUUCUCCUUUUGCAAGGUGCUUUUGGCAUUUAGCAGUUUCUGCUUCCAACCUUGGAUUGAAUAUGAUGAGAAUAAUUAAAAAACAGGAAGAUGACUCUGACAGUAAAGGUAUCAUGCAGAGUAUAGAGUGAAUUUUUUUAAUGCACUGCUCAUAUCUUUUUAGCUAAAUUUUAGGCCUGAGACAAAACUAAGGAGAAAUUGUAGCUGGGUAUUGUUGCGCAUGCCUGUAAUCCCAGCAGCUUGGUAGUAUGAGGAAGGAGGAUUGGAAGUUCAAAGCCAGCCUUAGCAAAUAAGCAAGGCCCUAAGCAACUUAACAAGAUGAAUCUUUGUCUUACAUAUAUUGUACCAAGGGUUUGGGGGUUGUCCAAACUGGGAUUUUGGAAAGAAAAGUUACCUCCCUCCUUCAUAACUCUCUGCCAUCCAAACCCCAGGUCCUGAUGGCUAAUGGUAUAUUAUUAGACACAUCUUAAAUUUUUAAAAUUGACUUUUCCUACUGCCAAACAGUCCAGGUAGUUAAAAUCAAGUAGAGACAAAUCGGGCAGCUUCAGGGAAUGGAACAGGAAGAAUGUGCUCGAGAAAUAAAGAGGAGCCCCUCAAGAAAUUCUAUGGGAAGAGAGUAGCCUUAAUCUAAAUAAUCCUCCAUCUCAUCAAUUUGACCACAGCCUUUAAAAAAGUUAGUUUUACAGGCUUUUUGAUUUGUUGAAUUGAAUAUAAUUCAGUAAAGACAAGACUACUAAUAUCCCUGAUUCUUUUCCUUUCAGUUCACACAUUGCCCACAUAAUCCAUUAGUCAUUUUUAAUAUUUCAAUUUUCACUUAAAAUAUCUGAUUUUUCAAAGGACUGAAAGAAUCUAUUGGCAGGUAUAAUAGCUGAAUUUGUCUAAAUAGGCUAUCAACAUGUUCAUUGCUGCAUUAAUGCAGAAACACCCUAUGUAGCCUUCGUUAGUGAAUUGCCUGAUAUAUCAAAGAAUGAAGUACAACUAUUAAAAAAGAAUGAAGCAGCUUUAUAUCAUCACAAAACGUUUCCACAACAGUACUGAGUGAAAGCAAGUUAUAGACGUAUAUAAUAUGAAGGCAUUUGUGUAAAAGAGAACACGGUUGGGUUGGGAAUAUGCUCAGUUGGUAGAGUGCUUGUGUUGCAUGCACAAGGCCCUGGGUUAAAUCCCCAGCACCAUAAAAAAAAGACAACAUGGCUGAAAGUUUUGAGGGAGAUUUGCUAUCUGAGAAGGGGAUAGAGGGAGGGGAAUUUUUGUUUUAUACCUUUAAGUUGUUUUUACUAUGAGUGUGAAUCACAUUGUUAAAAAUGCCAACCUGGGAAAAGACAAUGAAUGCACAUAAGGUUUAAAUAUGAAAAUAGAAUGCAUAUUUAUAUUUUCCAUUAUGCUAUUUUUUAAAUCUACUAUGUCUGAAUUUUAUG